AGGCCCUAUUCUCUCUCGGAGGAACACUCUCUUUGUAUAAACCCUAAUCGCACCAAAGCGAAAUCCCAAAUUCCCUUCUCCUUAGCUUCGCCACCAUGCUUCGCUCCUCAUCUCGCUCCCUCCUUCGAAAGCUUGCGAAGACUUGGAUUUAUGAUCUUCGUGCUAGAAAUAUUUCGUAUGAACCUCUUUCAUGGUCUCAAGGAAGCUAUGCUACACGAAUGCCGCCUCUUUUUCAUCAUUUGCCUGGUCUCAGGCUUCCUCCCCCUCUUUCUGAUCAAAUGGAGCGUUUUCCUACCAAGAUUACUACUCUCCCGAACGGGUUUAGGAUUGCUUCAGAGGAUUCCCUGGGUCCUUCUGCUUGUGUUGGACUUUAUGUGGACUCUGGUUCUAUAUAUGAGAAGGAUGAAUCAGUUGGUGUUACUCAUCUUCUGGAGAAGAUGGCAUUUAAGAGCACAAGAAAACGUAGCCAUUUGCAAAUUGUUCAGGAGAUUGAAGCAGCUGGAGGCAAUGUGAAUGCUUCUGCUUCACGUGAACUGAUGGCUUACAGUUAUGACACACUGAAGGCUUACUUGCCGCAGGCAAUCGAAUUGCUUCUUGACUCUGUCAUAAACCCUGCUUUUCUCGAAAAUGAAGUGCAAGAGCAAUUGAUAAAAGUCAAAGGAGCGAUCGGAGAAAUGAGUAAAGACCCCCAACAGUUUCUAAUUGAAUCGCUUCAUCAUGCUGCUUAUUCUAAUGCACUGCAAAACCCAUUGGUGGCACCUGAGGAGGCAUUGAACAGAAUAGAUGGAUCAAUUAUUAAAAAGUUCUACCAUGAAAAUUAUACUGCUGAUCGAAUGGUCUUGGCUGCUUUUGGGGUAGACCAUGAACAGUUGUUAGCUAUUGCUAAGCCUAUUUUGUACGACUUGCCAAAAGGUUUCCCUGUGGAGGUGCCAAAGUCUACUUAUGUUGGUGGUGAUAUCAGACAUAAAGUAGACUCAGAGAAAACCCAUGUGGCCUUGGCAUUUGAAGUUCCCGGUGGCUGGCAUCAAGAAAGAGAUGCCACAGUUCUUACGCUGUUGCAGAUGCUUAUGGGCGGUGGUGGUUCAUUCUCUGCUGGUGGUCCCGGGAAGGGAAUGCAUUCUCGGCUUUAUCUAAGGGUCCUGAACAAGUACCAGGAAGUACAGUCCUUUUCAGCAUUUAGCAGCGUAUUUAAUGACACUGGUCUUUUUGGAAUCCAUUUAACUACAGGAUCAGAUUUUGUGGCCAAAGCAGUAAAUGUUGCAGCUAGUGAGUUACUUGCAGUUGCAAGCCCUGGGCAGCUUACUGAAGUUGAAGUUAAUCGAGCUAAGAAUGCUACAAAAUCAGCAGUCCUGACAAACCUCGAAUCAAGAGCAAUUGUAACAGAAGACAUUGGGAGGCAAAUUGUGACAUACGGGUGCAGGAAACCUGUGGAACAUUUCCUAGACAUCUUAGAUGAGCUGACCCCUGAUGAUAUCACAUUAAUGGCUCAGAAACUUUUAGCCUCACCGCCAACAAUGGCAUGCCUUGGAGAUGUUGAUCGUGUUCCUAGUUACGAUUCCAUCAGCAAUCAAUUUCGUACACCUUACUGAAACAUAUAUACAUCGGCUUGGCGAGCUCUUCACGGAUAGAGGUAGGCCAGGGGCUCAUUGAGGUUUGAUUUUUGGCAUUGCUGCAGCUCAUAUUAUAUAUAUAUUGUUAACAAUGCAUAAUUAACAUUUUCUUUGUGGAAGCACGGAGUUAGUUUAGUGAUUUCCAAUUUUAUUACAAUAUUAUUAGCCAACCUCCUGCUAGUUCUAAGUAAACGAUCAUAAUACUUCUGAUUUUAUGAAGUGAAGAACCAUUUUAUAUUU